AUGAUCUUGGAGCUCCAAGGCUCGUGGUCUCUUCGGCUGCUGCCGGGGGCGGAAGUUCAGGCCAAGCCAACUAACGUGUCUCCAGCUGUCCUGGCUGCUCAGGAUUUUUCGCCUGUGGUCUCUAUCUCCCAUGGAGGACAAGCUGAUAGCUGCGCCGCCAUUGAUGGUUGUGAUCUAGCCCUGUUUCAACACUUGCCUGUGAAGGCGUCGUUGAUUCCGAAACGGCGGGCUUCGCUGCCUGUCCAUUUGAUUGCUCACUAA